AUGCUGCCCGAGGUGCGCUGGCUACGAGCGGCGCGGCUCCUUCCGCCGCAAGAAGGCACCGCGCUCAAAGAGAUGGUUGUCCGGCGGGACCCAAGGCUACAGGCGCUGGCGACGUGCCAAGACGACACCGCACUCCUGCGCCUCGUGGCCGCCGAAGUUGUGAGCGCUGCUUUCCGGGCGUGGUACGCAGUGUACGACAAUAUCGCCAUGUCGACCGACGCCGCGCGCUCGCUGCACGACAACACGUCGGUCGACGAUGGCGGUGGAUGCACAUUGUCGUCGUCGCUCGUGUACGGCGAGGUGGACUUUUUCGGCUUUGCUCGGCUUCUCGAAGCAUUGGCGCCACAGGCUGGCCAGGUCUUCUACGACCUCGGGCACGGCACGGGUCGCGCCGUCUUGGCUGCGGCGCUAUUGCAUCCGCAGCUUACGUGCGUUGGCAUCGAGCUUGUACAUGCGCUCGUCAAAGCCUCUUGGGUCGCCUUACAUGCGAUGCCACUGCCGAACGUGAUCUUGGAGCAUGGCGAUAUCCUCACACACGCUGCGUGGUGGCGCGACGGCGACAUUGUCUUUGUCAACUGCACGUGCUUUACGGCCGACCUCUUCCGCGCAGUGGAGGACCGUGCGUGCUGCAUGAAGCCCGGGAGUCUCUUCGUGUCACUCACCAAGCGGCUUCGCCGCGCCUUGCCGUUCACGCGGCGAGGCCAUAUGAAGAUUCGAACAAGUUGGGGCCACGAGACGGCAUCGACCUUGUGCUAA